UUAUGGGUAAAAGUACGCCUGGUAUCCGCCCAUAUACCCGUAAAGCAGGCCAGACGGAGAAGCUAGGCCGGGGCGCUGGACCAAAUGGAAAGUUCAAUCGAUUAAUUUGUUCACUUUUUCGCAUGUUGUCUCUUGCUUCUGAACCGACGACAGAUCAACUUAAAUGCGGGAGUUUUGGUGAGAAAUAGGAAAUGCAGAGAUCGUGUGAAACGAGAGGAAUAUCAGCUUGACUCGGUCGCUACUUCGGACGCGGAACUCCACUCAGUAAAAGGUGAAUCAUGACAGAAUAUAAACUGGUUGUGGUGGGAGCUGGUGGCGUUGGCAAAAGCGCACUUACCAUUCAGCUCAUCCAGAAUCACUUCGUGGAUGAAUAUGACCCCACCAUUGAGGACUCUUACAGAAAGCAGGUAGUCAUUGACGGAGAGACAUGUCUACUGGACAUCCUGGACACAGCAGGUCAGGAGGAGUACAGCGCCAUGAGGGAUCAAUACAUGAGGACAGGGGAGGGUUUCCUCUGUGUCUUUGCCAUCAACAACACCAAGUCCUUUGAAGACAUUCACCACUAUAGAGAACAGAUUAAGCGGGUGAAGGACUCUGAGGACGUCCCCAUGGUGCUGGUGGGGAACAAGUGUGACCUCCCGUCCCGGACAGUGGACACAAAGCAGGCUCAGGACUUAGCACGUAGCUACGGCAUUCCCUUUAUUGAGACCUCAGCCAAAACCAGACAGAGAGUGGAAGAUGCCUUUUACACUCUGGUACGGGAGAUCAGGCUGUACCGGGUCAAUAAGAUCAGCAAGGAAGAAAAGACUCCGCGCUGUGUCAAGCUUAAAAAGUGUGUUGUGAUGGGCGUUGACGAUGCCUUUUACACGUUAGUGCGAGAAAUCCGGAAGCAUAAGGAGAAGAUGAGCAAGGAGGGCAAAAAGAAGAAAAAGAAGUCCAAGACAAAGUGUACAAUUAUGUGAAUAAUGAUUCCCUUUUAAGACAAAACAAAUGCAACUAUGUUGAACAGUUCAAGUAAUACAUUUUGUACAUUACACUAAAUUAUUAGCCUAUUUCUCCAUACCCACACAAUACUAAACCUGAACUGAAUUUUCUGCCUUUUCUUUUAGUUUUUUGUUUUUCUUUGUUUUUUUUUCUUUUCUGUUUUUUUCUCCUUAUUUGCUUCUUUGGACACCAAUAAGCUUCAUUUUCAGUUUAGUGCCAGUUGCCCACAAUAUGGGUUCAAGAGCCUGAUGAAUUUAGAAUUUUUAUUUUUUAAAUGAUAAUUGAUUUGGAGCUUUUUACAGAGCUGGGAGCCAAUUGCAUUGCAAAUUGUGUUUAACAAAUUAUUCAUUAAACUUUGAGUUAAUUUUCUCUUUGCUCGAAAGGUCAUGUUCUCUAAUGACCUUUUUAAAAAUAUGGGAUGCCAAAGAAUGAAUUUUCAUCCCGCUCAUGUAGACAAAAUGGAUAUGAAGAAAGGACCAACAGUCAGCCAGAUGAGAUCCAAAUGUCCCAGCCCCUGUGUUUUGUCCCCGUCUCUAACGACCUCUAGGUAUGACUUGGCUAUGUCACUGAUAAGUAUGCAUGCAAACUCCUACUCAUCUCUGAAUGUUCUAACACCUUCAUUAGUUAUUAAUUAAUUAAUUUGUAAUUUGUCUUUUCUUAGUACUGUGUGUUCUUGCCAUGAGGUGAGAGAUUUUUUUUUUUUUUUUUUUUUUUUUUUUUUUUUUUUUUUUUUUUAAUUUUCUUCCUUUUUGCAUGAAUUAUGUCCUAGAAGACAUGGGUAAACUGCCUCUGGUCGAUGGAUUAAACGAAGCCAGCGAUAAAGAACUCUGACUCAGUUGGACAUAAAGUCUAGUUUUUCAGGUUUUAUGAAAGUAGUUUUUUGCUUUUGUUUGGUUUUGUGAGAAAUAAAUCUGCCAUAUUUUAAAAAGCAGAAAUUCUAAGCAAGAUAUAUAUAUUUUUUUUUUUAAACCCAUUUUUGUCUUAAUAAAAUGGGACUAGCAGCCACAUUAUGUGGGUCAUUUUGUGUUGCCUUUUUUGACUUCGGUUAAAAGUUUCCUGCUUUUCUUUAGGCUAAGAUUUGACUGUAGGAUUGUUUUGAUUCAUCCUGACAAUAAUCAUUUCAUCAAUAUAUGCUCGAAAACAGCUGUUAACAGCUGUCCUCCUCCUUGUGGACUUCGUAUUUGACCGUAAUGUUUAGGUUCACUGCAUAAUUUAAGGUUUGUCCAGCAGCAGAACAUAAGAGGCCACGGAGGUGUCUUGCGCACUAACUUCUUUGCUUGUGAGGAGCUAGAAAGCAGAACGAAUCCUUUACGCAGCUGUCAAGAAUAUUUGUCUUGGUGUGGAGUCACAGAGGUUGUUCAAAAUGUUGUCCAAAUAAAUUUUCAGAUUUUUGUUUUGCUUUUCGAAGAGGGUUUUUUUUUUUUUUUUUUUUUUUUUCUCUCCUCUUCUCGCUCCUACUCCUUGGACUCUUUUGCUGGAGUGUUGAUAUUGUUUGUUGACCUGCCUUUCAACAAAAAUGAUUGUCCAGCAAAAUAAUUUCUUUUUUUCUCUCAUAAAAUGUGUUUAGCGUGGCGAUGCAACUGGAACGGAUGUUUGUAAAUGAGGCAAUAAUUGCCAUAAAAUUGGUUCUUAGAUGAAAUCGUCUGACUUUAUUACAAAAAUAAUAAAAAGUCCAGUUUCCUUCUGGGGUCAACCCCAAUUUCACCAUUUUUCCAUUGUAUUUACAAACUGCUCAUCUGGGUUUUUUAAAUUUGCCUUUUAUCUUAGCAUUAGGUGCUACAUAUAGAUGUUGGAAGAGCCGAAACGACAUUUAUUUUGGUCCCAUGUGUGCUCUAGAGAUACACAAAAUGCUCUUCUAGGAGCGUUGUUAUUCCCACAAAAAGUGAUGUUCAUCACCAGAAGUGAUGUUUUGCUUUCAGGAUUAAUGGAUUUUGACCCAGUUUAUUAUUACCUCUUUUUUUUUUUUUUUUUUUUUUUUUCUUUCAUGAAGUAGAUAAUAACUGUUGAUGCAAUUUUUAAUUAUGGAACCCUCCUGUCCACAAUACUGUUUCACAAGUAGUUUUACUGUAAUGUUUGAAAUGUUCCUCUUCCUUUUAAUGGGUGCCAACAGCUGAUUUCUGAAAUGUAUCAUUUAUACCUGGAUCGUAUUUUAACAACCUUUGUAUAGUUGUGAUAAUGAGAGGUGCAUAUUUUGUAAAUUGUGCUUCAUUUCAUUUGUGUCUACAUGAAUGUUGCUUUAACGGAGUUUCGCUCCGCUCUCUGUAUGUGAACAGCGAGUGUGACUGGGGUCCAGGUUUAGGGAAGUGAAUGAAUGACCACUUUACAUCAUACCUGUGGUGGGCAGUGUAGAGUGGUGAUCUAAUCUCAAAUGAGUCUAUUUUGCCAUAAAUCUCACCACUCCUAUUUAAUGUGUAAUAAAGAACAAAGUAAAGAGGAACCCAA